CCAGACCACCUAAUAAAUUUUCAAUUGAGUCAUUUCAACCCAAAGGGCAAACACACUCUUAGAAUUAGCGCCAAAAAGCACCAAACUUUGAAGCUUUAAUUGCCAAUUUGCCAAGCACAAUCCCUAGUCCGGAGACUCCAAAGUCCAAAGUCCAAACCGAUCAGCGCCUCAGAGUUGUUUGUGUGAGUGUUGUGUUUAGAGAUGGGUUCGACAAAAAAGAAGCGUUCCAAAUCAUCAAAUGAAACCCUAGAUUGUGGGCAUUCGUCAUCUUCACCGAUCUUCCAGAACCUGCUAUCCGCCAUUAAAGCUCCUGAGGGUUUUAAGCCACCACUACUAAAAGGUUUAUAUUAUCUGCUCGUUCAUUUGUCUUCAAAACCUUUAAAAUAUGGAGCUGAUUCAAAUUACUCGGAGAUGGAAAUUGAUAAUUGUCAGAUCAGGGUAACAUUUAAAGACAUAGGUAGUCUCUCUGAUAUACUGUUUGAAGGACUCGUAACGAGGUUUGAACUGUUUUUCUCUGUUUUACUUGAUGUUUCUGCAAGUCAAGCCAGUGGACAAGCUAGCUUGCUUUCAGAUACAUGGGCUGCUGCUGAAGUAUUAAAUUUGCUGGUAAGAUGUUGUAUGGCCAUCUUGAACUUGCUUGGGCCUGAACAACAUCUUCUUUUGAAAAAUGGGCAAGUUCUUCUGGUGAUGCUCAGAAAAUUAUGUUCACUGGAUUUUAAUACAGGAAAUGAAAAAAAUACUGUCGCCUUUGAGAAGGUAGUUUCUCGUGAAUACACAUUUGUUUUUAAUGAUUCUACUACCUCAUUUGCAGAAGACUUUGUUGCUUCUUUGCGUUUCUUAGAGCCUUCUGAUCCAUGCCUUCCUUUUCUGUGCACAAUGCUUGAGGUGUUUGCAGAUGAGCUUUUGGUGCAUGGACGAUUAAGAGAAUAUCUUAAGCUGAUUGAUUCUGUUAAUUCUCCUAAUAAAAUGCUAUAUAUGUGCCACAAUAGUCAUGGUAAUAUUGGAAGUGUGAUGGAGGUGAUCUCUGCUCAUUUUUCCCUAUCAUUUUCUGAUGAGCAAGCAUUUGAAAAUUUUCUCAACAGAUUAUUUUUGCUGCAUGGAAAGGAUUAUAGAUCUUCGGAACUAAGCCUAACUGCAGCCAUAUCAAUGCUUCUCAAUCCUAUCAUGCUUUCUGCACCAAAAUUUUUCCAGGCACAUCUUAUUUCAUUGGUUUCUGAAGCAACUGGUAUUUGCAUGGGUUUUGAAAAUAUGAGACCAGACCUUAGACUUAUGGAUUGCUACCUAUCAGCAUUUGAAAGGUCUGUCAUCUUGUACAUGAAACACAUGUCUAGUUUGCAAAUGGAUAGCCAUCCUACAGGUGCUGGAGGUUGUUUUGUGAAUUCAAGUAUAUUCGGGGAAAACAUUCAGCCAUCAUUUGAGUCUUAUAUUCAGCAAGUCACAAGAAACAAAGUUAAUCACAUAAUCACCAAGUUAGAUACCUCUUGGCAUUCAGACAUUUACAACAUGUUUUCGAGAACAAAGUCUGAUUUGGUAACUUCCUCUAUUGCAUACAUGAAGGAUAUCCAGUUUGUUCUUGACAUAUCAUACAGAGAUGAGAUUUUAUCGAUAUUAAGCUUCAUAAUAUUAGAAGCUCUUUCUGGUGGCACUAAUGAUACUGCAUUAACUACCAAUGGGGAUACUAGUCCACAAGAUAUAUGUUUUCUUGCUUCUAUAUUGAAGUUAAUGAGUAGUUCCCUGUUACAAGCCAUUUGGUGCCUAAGGCAUAGUGGCAGUCUGGGUUGUCCGAGAACCUUAAAGAACUUCUCUUCAUGCAAAGAAUAUGAUUCUAUAGUGGGUAUUAUCAGUUGUUUUCAACAAUUUAACAUCUGUUUACCAAUCCAAAAGUCACUAUAUGACAUGAUGGAAAGUCACCCGAUACGGCACAAAGAGUCCAUGAUGAUGCUUCUGCAUUUUUUAGGCCUGCUAUCAUUAAGUUCUCGUUAUGGGCUUGAUUUCUUGGUGAAGGGCUGCAUAUUGGCAUUGAUGACAUUGAUGAAUCUAUUUAUUUUUGAAGAGGGUAAUAUAGAGACAUUGCAAUCAUUGAUUGCUUCAAAAUCAAAAUCCUUUUCAAUUGGAUUACCUACUGAUAAUGUCCCAGAGGCUGUGUUGGAUCAAAGAUCUAGCCAAUUAGUUGCAUCAAAAUUCCAGAGAAUCCAGACAUUGUACUUGAGUGCGGCUCCUGUUGCAAUCGAUUGUGCAGAAAGUGAAGAUGGGCAAACAAAUACUUCAGCAAAUUCCUCAUUUGCAAAUCACAUGGAAUGUGUUGUUGGCAUAGAGGAGGAAACAGAGGAAACUUGCAAUGGGGAGAUUUUUCUCAAUUGCAUACUAGAGUGCCCGAAAAAAUCAUCUGAUAUUGACGACUUAACUGAUUUCAUUGAAUGCAAGCAAGGGAAGGAUUAUUCUGGCUGGUUGAAGGAUCGGCAAAGAUAUCGGAAGUGGAAAUCUGAGAAAAUGGCAGUAUUAAGGUGGCAGAAAAAGAAAAAGACUUGGAGAGAGAUGAAAGGAAAGAGAACGUGAAGUUUGUUUAUACUUUUGAGAAUCGUAGUCUGCCUGUUGGUAAAUAUUAGCCAAAUGACUUAAACAUAAACAGUAGUUUCAGGAAUUAGUGGAGAAUCUCUUCUUUUCUUUGGUAAGUAAUUAGUGGAGAAUCUCAUCUUCUAUGUUUCUAUGAUUCUAUGGGAGUUGCUCUGGCUGAUGGGAAAAGCACAUAAUAAAAAAAAAAAAAAAAAAUUUUUUUGAACUCUUAUUGCGCGCUGUUGGCCUAUUGGAAAGGUGGCAUUGUGGUCAUUUCAAGUCCUUUUCUCUGAGCAAGCAGUAGAAGUUAUGGUGUGCUAUCCAAUGUGGCUAGGAGCAACUUUUCUACUGGACUAUGGAAGAUGAUCUGUUUGCUUAAUGGAACUGCAGUUGGGACAUUAAAGUGAUGGUGUAAUAUAUUUGGGGAGUUGAGGGGAGCGGGUGUAAACUGUAAAGAUGACUUCUACUGAAGCAAAUGGCGUUGCAGAUUGGCCAAGGUGCGAAUGUUUUUCCUUUCCGUUGUUGCCUUUUUAUUUUGGAUUGCUUGAGCUAAAACAAUAAAAUGGAAAGGGGAAAUUUGCUUAAUGCUGUCCAUUGUGAUAUAUCUAAAACAUAAUUAUGUGUA